AUGACCUGUGGAUUCAGCGGCCGCGCCUUCAGCUGCGCCUCUGCCUGCGCGCCCCGGGCCGGCCGCUGCUGCAUCACCGCCGCCCCUUACCGCGGCGUCUCCUGCUACCGCGGCCUCACUGGGGGCUUCGGCAGCCGCAGCGUCAGCGGGGGCUUCCGCGCCGGCUCCUACGGCCGCAGCUUCGGCUACCGCUCUGGCGGCGUGACCGGGCUCAGUGCCCCCUGCAUCACUACCGUGUCCGUCAAUGAGAGCCUGCUCACGCCCCUCAACCUGGAGAUCGACCCCAACGCUCAGUGCGUGAAGCAGGAGGAGAAGGAGCAGAUCAAGAACCUCAACAGCAGGUUUGCUGCCUUCAUCGACAAGGUGCGCUUCCUGGAGCAGCAGAACAAGCUGCUGGAGACCAAGUGGCAGUUCUACCAGAACCAGCGCUGUUGCCAGAGCAACCUGGAGCCACUGUUCAAUGGCUACAUUGAGACGCUGAGGAGGGAGGCCGAGUGUGUGGAGGCCGACAGCGGGAGACUGGCCUCUGAGCUCAACCAUGUGCAGGAAGUGCUGGAGGGCUACAAGAAGAGGUAUGAAGAAGAAGUUGCGCUUCGGGCCACUGCUGAGAAUGAGUUUGUGGCUCUAAAGAAGGAGGUGGACUGUGCCUACCUCCGCAAGUCGGACCUAGAAGCCAACGUCGAGGCCCUGACCCAGGAGAUCUACUUCCUGCGGCAACUGUAUGAGGAGGAACUUCGCAUCUUCUACUCCCAAAUCUCGGACAUCUCAGUUGUGGUGAAGAUAGACAACAGCCGGGACCUGGACAUGGGCUGCAUCAUUGCUGAGAUCAAGGCUCAGUACGAUGACAUCGCCAGCCGCAGCCGGGCUGAGGCUGAGUCCUGGUACCGCAGCAAAUGCGAGGAGAUAAAGGCCACAGUGACCAGGCACGGGGAGAGCCUGCGCCGCACCAAGGAGGAGAUCAAUGAGCUGAACCGUGUGAUCCAGAGGCUGACGGCCGAGAUUGAGAAUGCCAAGUGUCAGAAUUCCAAGCUGGAGGCUGCAGUGACUCAGGCUGAGCAGCAGGGUGAGGCAGCCCUCAACGAUGCCCGCUGCAAGCUGGCUGGACUGGAGGAGGCCCUGCAGAAGGCCAAGCAGGACAUGGCCUGCCUGCUGAAGGAGUACCAGGAGGUGAUGAACUCCAAGCUGGGCCUGGACAUCGAGAUCGCCACCUACAGGCGCCUGCUGGAGGGCGAGGAGCAGAGGCUGUGUGAAGGCGUUGGAGCUGUGAAUGUCUGUGUCAGCAGCUCCCGGGGCGGAGUUGUCUGCGGGGACCUCUGUGUGUCCGGCUCCCGGCCUGUGACAGGCAGUGUCUGCAGCGCCCCCUGCAGCGGGAACCUGGUAGUGAGCACUGGAAUGUGCGCCCCCUGCGGCCCACUCAACACCACAUGUGGAGUGGGCCCCUGCAGCCCAGGGAGGUGUUAGGUGCCCCAAGAGAGAGCCAGAGAAGCCCUUUCUAUCUGCCAGACGUGCCACUACCCCACCCCAACUGAGAACAGUGGUGCAUCAGUAGCUGUUCCCCUUGUGUUCCGAGAAUACACCACCCUGCUCACUCCCAUCAGCCAUUCCUGUCAUCUUGUCCUACUGGAAAGGGGCCAGCUGCCUGGGAAUGGACCCAUCCCUUUCCUCAUCUUGGCCUCCAGACUGUCCAGGGAGAAGGGCUUUUCUUCCAUGGAAAGACCACUGCCUGACUUCUCCUGUGCCUCUCUGGCCUCUUGUCCCCUGUUUUUUCCAAUAAACUGGGGAACCUGCUUUCUGUGCUGCAAUGUCUUACUUUCCUGGAGUGUGUCAU